AUGGGCACCCAGCCAGACCUCAAGAAACAACAAGAACAAGAAGUUCAAUACACCAGUCCUGCAAAUGAAGAUCAGGCCGCCCUUGACCUGGCGAGCCUGCCAGCAGAUAACCCGCCACCCUAUAGCCCUCCAUCGUAUGAAGUUGCAGUCCAAGACCACCCCAGUCUCAAUAUCAGAGAUGAGAAGAACUCAUCAGGCCUCAUCCACAAUGCCUUCGACGAGAUAGGAGAGCCAAGCUGGCGCAUAGAGACCCCAGCCCUACCUCCACGCCUUAGAGAUGCCACCGACAUCCUCUCCAAACCCAUCGCCCUCCCCACCGUCCGAUCCGCCCAGGGCUCGCCCUACAUCCGCGCCUACCCCCUCGAGCUCGCAAAAGUCGGCAUCACGCGCGAGACCUUCCUCAGCUUCCUCGACCACAUCAACCGCGUCGUCGCCGACAACCCGCCCCUCAUCGCCGUCGGUCUCGUCGGCAGCGUCGUCGGUUUGGUCCCCGAGCCCACGGCCCAGCUGGCGGGAUCCGUCAUCGAGCUCGCGGCCGACGUCGGCAACGUCGCGCUGAUCGAGGGCCGCACCGAGCUGGUCCUCCGCAGGGCCAACAUCGACAUCUUCCACCCCGUGGGCUUGCAGGUCCGCGUCGCCAAGCUCGAGGCCGUGGCCAAGAUCGCGGGGAUGCCCUUUUUGGACGCCCAGACGGGAAAGCUGACGUCGGGGCUGAGGGUGCUGGCGCCGCUGGACGACGAGAUGGAGCUGCACACGCUGGGGGUGCAGCGGCGGAGGCUGCGGGAUUUGGAGGAGUGGCUGUCGCCGCUGGACCUGGAGGAGUUGCCCGGGGUGGAGAGGCCGAGCUCUGUGGUGGGGAAGAUGCAGGUCAAGAUGAGCGAGUUUCAGCGUAAGAUGGAGGAGGAGGAGUUGAUGAAGACUCGCAAGAAGUCGCUGGGGAAGUACACGGAGGCGAAGCAAAGAUCACAAGAGAAGUACGAGAGGAAGAUGAGGGAGUUGGACCGGAGGAUUGAGAAGGUAGAGCAGAGGGUCGGGAAGGAUGGCAAGAAGCAAAGUAUGGACGAGGAGAUGAUACGAGAGGAGAAAAAUCAAGAUGAGGCGAACAAGCAACGAGAUUCAAACAGGGGAGAGAAUGAUUUAAAACAGGAGGGUGGAGAGAUCUCGAGAGGCAGCUCUAAUACCCAGGCCAGUCUGGACAGAUCGACGACGGAUGACAGCAUCGCAGAGAAGAGCGCAAAACGAGAAGAAAAGGAAAGAAAGAAGCAGGAGAAGAGGGUGGAAAAGGAAGAAAGACGGGCAGAAAAAGAAGAGAGACGAGUAGAAAAAGAAGAGAAAAAGGCCGAAGAGAGGAGAAAGAAGGAGGCAGAGAGGGCGGAGAGGGAGAAUCGAAGGCGAGAGGAGAAGGGCAAAGAAAUAGAAAAGAAGGCCAAAAGGGCAGAGGAGAAGAUGGAAAGGGCGCUGACCAGGGCGGAAGAGAAGCGCGUGGCCAUCAGGGAAGACUACGAGAAGGAACUCAAGAAGAAGAGUGAGGAGUACGAGAAAAAGGAUAAGGAGCAGAGGUCAAUCAAGAAGAUCAACUGGUUGAUCAUCACGGAGCGGAACAGGAUGGAGAUGAGUUUAGCGACCGGACUGAGCCCAGGGCGGACAGAUUCGUAG